UUCAGGUCAGAGUUUGAGAAACUGAGUCGAUGGAAAUGCAAUUCAUGUAACGAUAGAAAGGAGAAAAAGGAAUAAGAAUAAGAGGGAAAAGUGAGGAGAAGAGAAGAUGAAGGAGCAAGAAUAAAACUGAUAGAAUGAACCUUUGAAGAAGAGUUAUAUUUGAAAUGUUUUGUUGACUAAAGAGAAGGCAAAGGGAAUGAAUAGAGUGUGAAUGACUUAAAUACUGUUGAUUCUUGAUCUCUUAUUUUCUUUCUGUUUCAUUUGUUCAACUCAUAAAAACAAUAGUGAUAUAAUUACCAAACAUUUACAUAUUUAUUAUCAUCAUUGGAAGUCUUUUCAACCUUAUUCUGAUUGCCACGGAUCUUAGCCUGGACAAGAUUGUGAUUGCAAACGACAUCGUGAAUCAUCACCACCAACAAAGCGAAAGUGAACCGAUGAGUUAUGUUUCUUUGUCUGUUUAACCUAUGUGUUGUUUUUUAGCUGAAAAAGACAAACCGAGUUAAUUUGCUCUCUUAUUUCAGUGACUUCAACAACUUUUAACCAUGAUUUUGGGUUUUAUAAACUGUUACCAUGAAGAAAACCAUGUUAAUUUCAGAUCAAGUAGAACAUAAAAAAUUUAAGUGCUGCUGUUGAAUAAUUUAUAACUAUUAUGAUUAUGAUUAUCAAGUGAAAAUAAGUCAAAAGUUGAUCAUCUUUUUUUCUCCUUCAACCUUUUCACUCCUUUUUUCCCUCUACUUAUUCACCUUUCUUAUUUACCACACAUUUUUUUCGUAAGCAACAUUUUCAACCAUUUCUUUGGAGUUAAUCACAAGUUCAUCUGAUAAAGUGUGAACCAGAAAAGAAAGAUUAACUUGAGUUUGUAAUAUUUUAAAAACCAAAACCCAAAAAAUAGACCAACAACAACAGCUUUUAUAAUUCAACUUUAAUCCAACGGUUGAAAGAGUUGAUUAACCAUGACGCUGUUUCACAAUUUGAUUUUAUUGUGCAUUCAAAGUGGCUCUCUACUCUCCAAUGUUAUUGUCACUGUUAACCUUAAUGAAUCUUUAUCAUUGCCAUUGUCUUCCUCCUCUUUAUUGUCAUCAUCACCAUCAUCACAACCAACAGAUGAUUUAGAAAUUUCAAGUGACAAAGUAAACACAAAAGACAGUCAACUUGAAAAUGAGCAAUCACGAGUACGAAGAGAUGAAUUUGAAAAUGUUGGCAGAGCCUUUGGUAGAGGUAUGGGAAUGGGUUAUUAUCUUGGUGAACCUUGCAUUAAACAAUGUAAUGCAAUACUAUUUCAUAUUUACUGUAAUAUAACAAGUCAAAAAUGCGAGUGCCUUCCAGAGUAUCCAGUUAACCUUGAUAAUAGGAUUUGUAUUAAAGCCUUAAAAUUGGGCGACAAAUGUGAAGAUCAUUUCUCUUGUUCAUAUCGAGAUAUUCACGCUAUUUGUUCGUCUGAAAAUCGUUGUCGAUGUGACUAUGGAUUCUAUCCAGUAAUAAGUAAAUCCGGAGAAACGAGAUGCACAGCAGGACUAUCCAUGUAUUAUAGUAUUGUUGGUUAUUCCAAUUUUGUGCCAUUCGUAGCUAUAAUUGUUGCUAUUAUAUUUUGUACUGGAGUCGUCUUCAUUGGAGUUCGGAUGAUUGGAAAAUCACAAGGUGACAGUUCUUUACCAACAAGAGACAGAGCUAUAUCACCAGUACCUGUUAAACUUGGAGGGUUAGAGCUAUUGGCAUCCAUGUCACGACCUUCCAGCCUACGAAGUGCAAGCAACGAGUAUUUGCCCGGCUCAAGGAGACCAAGUUAUUCAAUGCUGGCGCCGCCAACAAAUUAUAUUUCUCGACGACCCAGUUCCUCAUCUGGAACAUCCUUUCGAAGCUAUUCAUCUUUCAGAAGCCAAUCAUCUUUCCGAAAUUACCGAGGAAACUAUUGCUACAAAGAAACGCUCAAGUACAACACACCGAGAACUCCGUCACCAAUCAUCAAUCCAAGCAAUGUUCUGGUUGGUGAACCUCUAUCAAAGGAAACUUGUGCUGUUCAUUCAAACCCUGAAAUCAAUCGAAGUGAAAGCAGACGACAUCGAGCUCAAGAAGAUUGUCUUCGACGAUGAAGACCAACUUAUCAUUUUACUCAAUUUUAUGCAAUAACUCUGCUUAUCACAGAUGAAUCACUGCCUAAAACUUUAUAAAGCAAACCUUUAAUGAAGAUACAAACAAUAAAGUAGCCAAAAGAAGAUCAUUAAAUCAGAAAAUGUUAAAUGCAAAUCAGAGUAAAAUAGCGAUAAACUUGAACAAUAAUAUUUUUUGUAAAAUGAACAAUAAAGUUAAUCGCAUUUCAA